ACGAUGGCUGUUUGAGGAGGAGGACUGGAGGAGGUCGCACGCAACUGGAGGAGGAAAAGCUCAGCUCAUUGAACUGUGGAGGGUAAAAAGCAUAAAACACACCGAUCGGGAUAAAAAGAGGAGGAGAGCAACAAAUGAAAUAUGGUGUCUGCGGUCUCUUCUUCAUUGUAGCAAGUUCUGCCAAAUGGCUCGACCCUCAAGUGACAGCAAUGAGCCUGGCGCCCCUCAGACCACCCAGACAGGAUGAAUAGAGUACGUACAGGGUUAGUCCACGUGUGACCAAAAUAAGGACAAUCUAGCACAUGUCAUCGUCAGGCAGUUUUUGGUCGAGGUUGAGAUAGAGAAAAGUCAUCGUCAGCAUUUGACUUCAGCAGAGCGGGGAAGAACAAGGAAGCCUUUGAGAUGGACACACCUGGCCCUCAUGAACACAGGUGAAAUAGAAGCAGCCAUGCCUUCCUGUUGUUGAAGUCUUGAGAAAGUCUAGGGGCUAUUAAAAGGUUCAGUCAACCUUUAGAUAGCCUUUUAGACUUUGAUCUUGCCCAAGUAUGGAUUAGAAUAUGUACCCCAGAAAAACAUCAACCAGUUCUAUGCAAUGACAGCAUCAUGCAAGGAAAUCACAUCACUGCAGAUUACUAAGGGAUUCCCUUUUGGUAUCUUUUGGUUGAUACGGUUCAUCAUGGCCGACGGAUUAUCUUCAGUAUAAGUACGACACUAUGCUACACAACGAAACAAAGUAGAAACUGUAAUAUUCUACAAUAGAUUUGUUACAGUCGAUUUCUACAUUGAAUACCACAAAGGAUGGGAGCCACUCAAGCACCCUUAAAGGGUUGCCAAAGUUCCCACACUGUAGCCUCCAUAGCUUGGGUAGGACAAGACCGCUUGAGGCCAACUCAUCUCCGUGCAACUCUGACAAGAUUGCUUCAGAGAGAGAGUGAAGAAUGGGAGCCCCUCACAUUCGGCUAUGUCACUGGACAGGUAGGAGAAGUUGACAUGAUGGCUCGUGAGAUUGCAGUCAGGUGGCAAGGGGAAGUUUGCAGUAGACUUGGCUGGACAUUUGAAACUCGAUUUACCGCAGCUGCCUUCCUGGACUUGCUCUUGCACCGUGUAAGAAUAACUCCACGCUAUCUCCAUGCAGUAGCAGCAGCGGCUGUUUUCUUGGCUGCUAAAUUACAUGAAGAGGAUGAGAAUGUUCCAUCUACUUUGGAAGUAGUGGAGCGUGGAAAGAUGGGUUGUUCCCACCGGGAGCUUCUACGAAUGGAGAGAGUGUUGCUGGAUAAGAUGUCAUGGUACCCAAAGUCGUCUUUCACUUUAGAUUUUCUUCAAGUUCUGCAUGCCCUAGCAAUUGUCACUGGCCCUAAACAUCAGCAUGGGAACAGGAGUGAUUCACCAACUCGCCAGUUAAGCCAGUUAACUGAGCGAUUGUGGGAAGUGGUUUGUUCAGGACACAGUGGAAGUAUCAGACCAUCUUUAAUGAGUUUAUCAGUGCUCUCUCUGGACCUGGAUGCAUCUACACCUGAACCAGGAUUAAUCUUAUGGCUUCAAGCACUUGUGCAGGCAAGUGAUGAUGAGCUGGCUAAUGCUAGAGAAUUAGUGCAAGAUCUUUUGGGUGAAUUAGCUUUAACCAAGAGUGACUUACCAGUUCAACAAGGUAGUUACAAAGCAUCACCCUCGAGACCCAACAAACGCAAAGUGGCCCAAUCAAUGGACCCUGAUGAAGAUGAUCUAUACCUGGAUAUCAAGAAACUGUAUGCAUGUGAGAAGAUUGCCAGUACACCAGUUGUGUCAGACAAAGCCACUUCAGAAAAGCCAGAUGAAUCGGACGACACCUAUUACGAUAUUCGUCGGCUGUAUGCUUCUCCAGUUCCUGUGAGGACAGACUGUACCCAAUUGAAAGCAAGCAUUAGUCCAGGAAGUAAGACCAUAACAUGUGAUAAGAAGAAAAAGAAGAAGAAGAAAACUAAACCUACUUUCAAAUCAAAAUCUGCUGUAAGGAGCUGUUUGAAGCAGGCUUUUAAAAUCCCUUGCAAGAUAUCACUUAUUUCCACCAAGAAGAUUUUUGAGGACUUGUCCGAAGAAGGAGAAGAGGAAGAGGACAUGGAACUUGGAGAAGAAUGGGAAGGCCCUCUCAUUGAACCAGUAGGCAUCCUGAGAUCGCCCGUUUUUUCUCCAAUGAGUCCAGAAUUUCCUGACAUCCGUCAUCUCAUUGUCAAAAAAGAAGAUAUGUGUUGGCAGCAACAUGCUCAGGAAGUAACAGAGCAGAUAUAUCGUCCACUAACAUACGCCCAAGUGUUGCGUUUGCACCUUACUCCUUUAACUCAAGCCCUUGGUGUUUGAUUGAAUCUCUUUGAAGUUUUCAUAAAUUAAACUUGCAUAUGUUAGGUUAUUGACUAAUGCAGUUCAUAUUUCAGUAUUUCACUCUUUGGUACUAAUAUUUGCCUGAUCUCAGUCAUUUUCAGAUCUUUAAUAAUUUUACAAUUUUUAAUUAGCUUUUACAAAGAUUGCCCUUUAGUUCACCCACCAAUGAAAACAUUGUAAAAUUUGUGGACUAGAACCAUAAACAGUGUUUAUGGCAUUUGCCAUUCAUAAUAACAAUUGUUUCAUCUUUUGUUUUUCACGUUUUAGUGCAAAAUUCCAACUAAAAAAUGGCAAAACUAUGUAAACUAUGCUACUAUAUUCUAAACUUCUACAUACGUACAGAGUUUAUGUCUGCUUUCUGACUGCUUUAAAUGCUACAAAUAUGGUAAUGCAUAUUGCAGGAAAGAAAAAGUACUUGCACAAUUUGUAAGAUAAUGUUUCGUUGCAACAAAUAUGUUAAUAUCAGCUGGUGGUGUUUCAUGAUUUAAGCAUUUAUUGUUGUUGGCACAAGCUGUCAGUAGUAUUCUGAAUUUCAAGAAAGGUAAGUAAGAAAGCCUAUGAAUACUUUCUAUAAAAGCUUUAAGAAAAUAAACAGUGAAUUUAUGUGCUAUAAGUACUUAGAAAAGUCAUGAGAACACAUCUGAAUUGUAUAUAUCGCUUUGCAAGUAUGUUGUGGGUCUGGUAAAACUAAGAUAUACUUUAAAGCAAAAUGACAAUCAUAUGAUCAAGUACAAAAUGCUUAAGUGAUAAUUAGGAAAUAGCAGUAUGUAAUCUUCCAUCAAUGUGCUUCCUGUGUCACCGAUGCCAUUAGCUAUACCUGUACAGGUUAGGUUCUUGUGGAAGGUACCACUGUCAAUUACUGAAGAGGUGAAACAAACAUAGCGUGCUGUUGUGCAACAGUACAUUAAAGGUACAAAUAAUUAAGACAUACUUCAUACAUAAAUGUUUAAUAGCAUAUCUGUAUAUAUUUGGUACAAUUUAUAACCACCCUGCUUUGAAUGCAGAUACCUCAUAACAUUUUUUUUGAAAUUUUUGUCAUAAUGCACUCAUUUGAAAAUACCAGUGUCAUGAUGUGCACAAGAUUUGUUUUAUCACAAUGAAGUUACAUGAAAAUUCAGUAGUUUAUCUUAUAUUGGUAUGAAGUUUAAUCGUCUUUUUCAUAUUUACCAUCAGCAAAAAACUAAUAAAGUUCAGUGAUUAAUUGGAUGGGAUUCUUGAGUCAUCUUUGUAGCAUUCAAGCAGACACAUUUUAGGAUUGUCGUUUUUAUGAUUAUAAUUCCCAGAGAAGUUGCAUGAAUCGCUGCUAGAAAACAAAGGAGGAAUUGAAGAGGGAGAAAUCUAUAUUCUGAUGAUUAAAAGUAUGAUAUGGUAUGUAGUUGCUUGAUGUGAUCCUUGGAUGAUUUUAAUAUGCAUGUAAAGACAAUUUUUUUUAGCAUUUUGUACAGAGCUUUGUAAUUACAGUAAUAAGGACUGUAUAGUAACAGGAAAACAUGGUGCUAAGGGAGUCAUUGUUUACACAGGAAUUUAAUUGCACAAUAAAUAUGAGCGAGCGGUAUACUGCGAGUGCUAAGUCAUUAUGCCAUUCACAAACAACACUGAUAUGGUAGGUUAAUGUGGUUUGAGUACGAAGUGACAUUAAAGCAGUCUUUUACCACAGAUUUCUAUGAGAUUUAUGUUGCAUUACUUAAAAUAAUUUUCCCUAUUUUUAUUAUUCUUCUGUCUAAAAAUAUAGUUUGUAAUAAAAGAAAAUAUAUUAUUUUUAUAUAAUAAAGGAACUCUCUCACAAAUCUUAAAUACAGUAUUCUUUGUCAUCUAGAGGAAUGUACAUUUGAAAUAUAUGUGGUCUGUUAGGUUCUCAAUAAAAAGUGUUUCAAGAAGUACUUUUGUAAGGUAAAGUCCUAAAAUCUCAAUGAAUACGAGAUUGAAAAAAUAACUGAAAUUCUACAAUCCAUCUUCUUAAUCAUUUCUACCUGGUAUUGAAAAUCUCACCAGGGGCACACUUUUCCAAAAAGUACCCAUUUAAAUAUAGUUUGAUCAUUUAAACUCACUUUUGUCUCUUACAAAUGUAUUGAUCUUGUAACACAAAAAGAGAAUAAGUUUACAUGUAUUUCAUGCUGUAUGUUAUGUUACAAGAGCCAGUUCUUAGAUUUAAUUUCUCCUGUUAUAGUAUUGCACUUCAAAAUGCAGUUUUGACAAUUGUGGUUGCGAUUCUUCUAGAACACAAAUUUUAGGAUACUGGUAAAUAUGAUAUAUUCCACUAACAAGUGGAAUUUCUUGCUGAUAGCACUGUAUCUCACAAAUUUGUUUGAAAGUAGUACUUGUGUUUAUGACAGUUCCAAUUAAGAUUUAACUUGUAAGCUAGAGAAAUGUGAUCCAGAGCAGGAAUUAUUUAAUAAUAUUUUUUUAUAUUUUCUUUUCUUCACUGCUUUAACACAUAAAAUGUUAGUUUGCAUUAGUAUUUUGCAGGGAUAGUUUAGGCUUUAAAGAUUCCCUGCCCUUGAUCUUUUUAUUAAAGACACCUUUUGUUCUGUUCUCUACAUAGAUAGGGGAAACUGCUAUGAUUUUCUGUACAAAGGGUGCUCUUUUAAAUAAAUUGGGAUCUAUAACUGCAUGUAGUAAUUACUUAGUAUAUUUUUGAAAAAGAAGAAAUGUUAUUUUAUAAAAAUAUAAGGCCCUUCUGUAUAUAUAAAUUUAAUCUUGUGUUCUUUUUAUAUCAGUAGGUUAGUUACACUUUUCGUUGCUGCAUUUGCUCAAAAACAGUUUAUGAACAAAUGUAACCUGGCUAGUCGAUUAAGCAUUCUAGAAGUUUCAUUUUUGUUCAAGUAUUGAUUGGUGCUGCCAUUUAUGUAUACACCGUUAAUACAGAAAUGCAUUAUGCUGCCUGUAGAGAGAGAGAUAAUGUAAAACUGGAUGUUUUAAAGACACGAUGGGCUAUUAAUGUGACCAGUUUACAGUCAGGUUCCACAGUGUGUAGGUUUUAUUGAAGUUCCCUCUGUAGUGCAUUAUGUUGUUUUGGUCAUGUCAUUUUUAAUCAGUUUAUUUAGUUACAACUUCACUGUUGUGGGUUCAUGUCCAGACUUCACCCCUUUCUUCAAAUGAGAAUCACUGUAACCACCUAUGAUGGCAUGCAUGUCUCUAGUCUUCUUUUUAAAUACGA